CAUUACCACCUUAUCCUCUCUCAUUUCACCUUAAUUCUUCACAGCACCUCUUCUUACACAUUUCCUCAUGAAACAGAGAAACCCCAACUGCAAAUUCACAUAGACAACAAACCAACUUCAGAUCAUGGCUGCUUUGCUACCCUCAACUCUUUCCAUUCAGAAAGAGAGCAAAGCAAUUGCAAUAAAAGAGACAUCCCUCUUUGGAGCUGCACUGCCCACAAGUCUUAAAGCUGAAUUCAGCCCUUGUUUCCACAAGGAACUAAGGAAAAAGCUAUCGAUAGGACCAAUUAAGGCACAGACAGCAGCUACAACUCCAGCUGUAAAUCAGCCUUCAGAGAAGAAGACUCUGCGCAAAGGCACUGCGAUCAUCACAGGAGCUUCCUCAGGAUUAGGCCUUGCCACAGCAAAAUCACUUGCUGAAACUGGAAAAUGGCAUGUAAUCAUGGCUUGCCGGAAUUUCCUCAAGGCCGAAAAAGCUGCUAAAUCAGCCGGCAUUCCCAAGGAGAACUACACUGUUAUGCAUCUCGACCUUGCUUCCCUUGAAAGUGUCCGCCAAUUUGUAGACACGUUUCGUCGUUCAGGGAGGCCUCUGGACGUGCUGGUUUGCAAUGCUGCCGUUUAUUUGCCAACUGCAAAAGAGCCCACAUUCACUGCCGAUGGGUUUGAGCUUAGUGUCGGGACCAAUCAUCUUGGGCAUUUCCUCCUUUCGAGGCUGCUGCUCGAUGAUCUGAAGCAGUCGGACUACCCGCAAAGGCGCCUCAUCAUUGUUGGCUCCAUAACAGGGAACACAAAUACUUUGGCUGGGAAUGUGCCACCGAAGGCCAACCUCGGUGAUCUAAGGGGACUUGCUGGAGGAUUGAAUGGAGUGGGCAGCUCAUCCAUGAUAGAUGGUGGUGAAUUUGAUGGUGCAAAGGCCUACAAAGAUAGCAAGGUUUGCAAUAUGCUCACCAUGCAAGAAUUCCACAGACGUUUCCAUGAAGAAACGGGCGUCUCCUUUGCGUCCCUCUACCCUGGUUGUAUUGCCGAAACGGGACUGUUCCGGGAGCACAUACCCUUGUUCAGGCUUCUCUUCCCACCGUUCCAGAAGUACAUCACAAAAGGCUACGUUUCCGAAGAUGAAGCAGGAAAACGACUUGCACAGGUGGUCAGUGAUCCAAGCCUGUCAAAAUCGGGUGUGUACUGGAGCUGGAAUAAGAACUCGUCGUCGUUCGAGAACCAGCUAUCCAAAGAGGCCAGCGAUGCAGAGAAAGCGCGUAAGCUGUGGGAGGUCAGUGAAAAGCUUGUCGGAUUGGCUUAAUGAGUUUGAAUACGCCCGAACGCUCGUAAUGUUUACUGGUGAGCAAGCAAUUAUUAUAUGAAGUCACUGUUCUUCGAUUCGCUGCAACGAGAGAGAAAAAAACCCAGAAUUCAUGCAUUCAGAAUUAGUAUGCAUCACUUGACGGAAAAAUUGGUUUAGUGAUUUGAAGAACA